CGUCAUUUAACAUUCAAACAUGGUGUCAGAAGUGGGAUAACUAACCAUGCUUUCCGCAAAUUAGAGUCACCUACUCUGGUUUACAAACAAAUGCUUAUUUGUGUAAAAUUUCGCCCGGAAUUGGCCUUAGCUUAGAGUGAGUUUGGUAGUUCGCUUCAGUGUUGUUAGCACCGGUUAGACAUGGCAGCGAACAUUCCCCCUCCCGCCGUUAUGAAGCUCAGCGGGGAUUGGAGCACGAACUGGGAUACGUUUAGAGGUGAAUGGGAGGACUAUGCGCUAGCAACGGGACUUCUGGAAAAGGAAGAUGAGGUAGUGGCUGCCACUUUGAGGACUACAAUAGGAACUGAAUGCCGACACGUAUACAAACACAACCUGCACCUAACAGCAGCUCAGCAAGCUGUCUCUUCAAUGGCUUUCAACAUUGAUGAAGCAAACCCAAAAAUCUACAAGGGGGAGGAAAAGGAUUUCUUUGGAUACAAAGUCCUGCAAUUCAUAUCUGGCAAGAAGAAAGGGGUAAUGGUCAGUGCUCCAUAUCAGAAGAACGGAUCUGGUGGAAUCUGUAGAUGUGCUCUAGACAGAACAGACUGUACAGACUGUUACACUCCUCAAGAAACUGACACAAUCAAGUACAUUGGACUGUCUAUGGCUGGACAAUCUACUUCUCCUCCAACAUUCACUGCCUGCAGCCCUGGUCUGGCACACGAGUGUGAUGGGAACUCCUAUCUGAACAGUAUCUGUUAUCAGUUCAACAGCCAGCUCCAGAUCACCUCGAACUUCACACCUGCCUUCCAAGAAUGUACUAAGAAAAUAGUCGACCUCGUUUUCCUCUUUGACGGAUCAGGAAGCAUGACAACGGAGGAAUUUGAUAAGAACAAAGGUUUCAUAAACAAUAUCAUGACAACCCUAAAAAACUCCUCAAUCAAGUUUGCAGCGGUUCAGUUCUCAUCAAUAGCCAGGACAGUUUUCAACUUCAAUGACUACCAAGAGGGGAGAGCCUUGACUAAUCUUUGGAAAGAAAAGCACAUGUCUAGUCUAACCAACACACAUCAGGCGAUAGACUUUCUUUUGAAAAACAUUUUUGAAAACCAAGCCGCCGGCGCCACCGCAGAUGCAACUAAAGUACUGGUCAUAAUAACAGAUGGAGAGCCCAGUGAUACUGAUAAAAGGUUUAACUCUAUCAACAGAAGUGAUGACAAAAACAUCAUCCGUUUCGUUAUUGGGGUCAAGAAUGUCGAUUUGACGAAACUAAAGUCACUAGCAUCAGAGCCAAAAGAGAACAACACUUUCCUCAUCCAGGACUACAACGGACUAAAAGGAAUCCUAGACAACUUACAAAAAAAGAUCUUCAACAUUGAAGGUUCCAAGACUGCUCUGGCUGGAAACUUGACGAAAGAGAUGUCUCAGAGUGGGUUCAGUGCUGUCUACGUUAAUAAGGACACCUUGGUUUUGGGCUCAGUGGGAUCAAACAACUGGCGUGGAUCCCUCUUUGAGACUGAGGGUCAGAGAUCAGAGGAAAGGGAAAUUCAGGACCCCACAUUGGACAAAGACUCCUAUAUGGGAUACUCUGUAGCUGUUGGGAAGAAGAACGAGAACCUUCUAUAUUUUACCGGAGCACCAAGAUCUGAACACAUGGGACGGAUCCUACUUUUCAACAAGGUUAACAACAACUGGACUGUGGCACAAAGAUUGUCUGGAGAACAGAUGGGCUCCUACUUUGGGGCAGAGCUGUGUUCUGUGGACAUAGACUCAGACGGCAACACAGACUUCCUCCUGGUGGGUGCACCAAUGUUUCACCAACCACCGAGAGAGGGCAGGAUCUACGUCUACACACUGACUGAUAAGCAGGAACUGAGGAUGGAGAUGAAUGUUUCAGUGAUGGCACAGGGUAGAUUCGGCUCCUCCAUCUCCUCUCUCACAGACCUGAAUGGAGAUGGGCUGAAGGAUGUAGCUGUGGGCGCUCCACUUGAAGAUGAUCACAGGGGGGCUGUGUACAUCUACCUGGGUGAAAAGCUAAAGGGGAUCCGCCCUGAAUUCAGCCAGCGCAUCUCAGCUGCGAUGAUGAGAUCUAAGCUCCAGUUCUUUGGCCAGACGAUUGAUGGGAAGAUGGACCUGGGUGAGGAUGGACUGACUGACAUCGUAGUAGGAACGCGUGGCGCAGUUGUCGUCUUGAGGUCCAGACCGGUCCUCAGCAUCUCUGCUCAUCUCCACUUCCAUCCCUCGGAGAUCAGCACUGAUAACUUUGACUGUCUGGCAAAAGAGACCAUUUCCCCUGUGGUGACUUUGACAGCCUGCUUUAACAUGGCAGAGGCAACAAAGAGUAAAGCUGGGGCGCUGAGUGCAGGGAUGAACGUCUCCUACACGCUGGAUGUGGAUCCAGUGAGACAGAGGAGCCGAGCCUUUUACAAUGACACGAACAAAGGAGCCAGAAGACUUCUCUCUACUGUGGAGCUGAGAAAGGAGCGGACCUGCUUCAACCACUCAGUCUACAUGACACAAUGCGUAAUUGACACAUUAUCGCCCAUAAUCAUCCAACUUAAUUUUUCUCAAUCUCAAAGCCAACAAGAGGGUUGUACUGCCAUUCUGAAUACUGACAGUCCUACAAAGGCUGUGGUUGAGGUGCCCUUUGAAAAGAACUGCAAAGAAAAUGAAGCCUGUUUGGCAGAGCUUGAGGUGGACUUCAACUUCAUCACAUCAACUUUAUUAGUGGUGGACCAGAGUUACUUUAAUGUGACUAUAAGACUGUCCAAUCACGGGGAUGACUCCUAUAACACCAGUCUAACCCUCCUCUACCCUCCUGGCCUCUCAUUCUCCACGAUGCAUCUUCUGAAGUCUACAAGGAGAACGGUGUUCAGCUGUGGUGGUCUGGAAGGUGAAAUGGACAGAACUACAUGCAGUGUCAGCAUACCUGUCUACCGUAGUAAAACUACCGCAGUGUUCACCAGUAAAUUCCAUAUUUUGAAUACAUACAACUGGAACGACACAAUGGAAAUGACCGUCAUUGGCCUGAGCGACAAUGGAAACUCAACCAAUAGUUCCCUAACCCGGACCAUCCCUGUUCAAUUUGCAGUUGACCUGGUAGCAAAAGCCCUUCCCCAAGACUCCACCACUUACAUGAACUUUACUCUGGAGGACACAUCACCUAAAAGACUGGUGAAUGUAUAUGAGGUGCAGAACUUGGGAUUUAAGUCUGUACCAGUCACAGUCACAUUCACUUUCCCAACUAAGCUUGAGCACAGAUUUGAAAUGAAGGACUACGAAAUAUCUGUCUUACAGAACCACACUCAAUGUGGAAAGGUUAUCAAUUCAACAACAGAGUACUGCUCUCCAGAAAAAUACUGCAAGUCCAUCGAGUGUGAAAGUUUCCUUUUGGAGAAGUUUUUGACAGUUACAUUUGUGCUGUCUGGAAAUGUUUCCUUCAAGGACCUCGAUCAACAUGCAAAGAGCUUGUCAUUGCCAAAGAAAUUCACUGGGGACAGAGAAACAGUCAACUUCAUCAGUUUAGUCAAACUCAGCUAUGACAAAAAACGAUAUGCCCAGACAGCGAGUGACCCAGGGGAUAACUCUACAGGCUUCCACCAAACACAGAUUGAUGUCCAGGCUGAGAUCAUCAUUCAUCCACAAAGAGAGCUGAUACUAGGGACAGGAGUUGGAGUAGGACUCUUUCUCCUGCUCAUCGUCACAAUGGCCAUGUAUAAGAUGGGAUGCUUCCAGAGAAAAAGCCCUGAUUAUGACGAGAAUGAGGGGGAAUAGAGUGAGCAAGAUGACGCUGCUAAGGCUAACAAUGUCUAUGCUAAUGCUUUGGAGAAGCAGCCAAAGCCCGAGAGCGGAGGAGUGGAGUCAAAACCUCUCCUUGUUGACAUUCAGACAGUAAAAAAAAUGGCUUCCACACUAGCAAUGAGGGGGUAGGGGAGGG